AUGAUCGUUUUUUGCUUGAAAGAGGGAGAAACUGAUAAAACCAGAAUAGAGAAAAUAGUUAAACACUUGAUAGGUGGGGCAUUUUCACCGCCGUGUUCAUCAACCGAGUACAACACCACUGGCAGUGGGUUAGCUUCGAUCGGCGCUGUACAACAACAAACAACAGAUGCAACUGUUUGCAGAGCUCAGUGCACACUGGAUGCUACUUGUGUGUCCUAUCAAAUAGAAACCUCAGGAACGUCAAUCAUCUGCUGGUUCCAGAGAAGCUCAGCAAACCUUCAAAAUAGAUACAGCAGACCAAACGUCAUCGAAUACAUUAAAUAUUGCGCCAACCCAACCACCUCUGUUUCAACAACCGUCCAUCCUCUCGAGGUCAGUAAAUGGGUAGACGACGUAAGUUGUCGCUUGUUGGCCGGCGAGAGAGAUGGCUCAGUGGUUCAAAUGCGAGCGGAGUCUAACAUCUCACUGGCUAUCAUAUACGCUGAGUAUAUGAUGCGGUGCUUGCGCGUGCACAUAAAUACAUGUGUACGUCGUUUGAAAAGGAUAAACAGCCUUUUUGGCUAUGAUGGCUGCUUCAAAUCAAUGAAUGAAGAACAUAAAGAUAUCAAUUGA